UCGGGCCGUGAGUCCUAUCCCGCAUCCCCCCAAAGCCCCCGUCGCAGCGUCGCUGCGCUCCUGCAGCCGCCGCCUCCCAUCCGCCGCCGUCUCGCCUACCGCUCCGCCGCCGGAACGGCCCUCGCCUCCCCCGCAGACCUCCCCUGCCGCCUCUCUCGCUCCCCCUCCCUAUCCUGCUGCACUCGGCCACCGGCGCUGCCGUGCACGUCCGCCGUUGGCCCGGCCGUUGCCACCCGCGCACAACUCCGCUGCCGCCUCCCUCGCCCACCUCGCCGCCACCUUGCUCGCCCGCAUCUUCUCCUCCACCCCUACACUCGUCAUCGAUUCCGGCGUCGACGCUGCUUCACCCGCCAGCGACGACAUCCUCCGACCUCUUUUCUGCGCACCUUGCAACUCCAACCCCGAACACCCCCGCGGUGGGCGCUGCGGGUUACACUUCCAGCCCGUCGCCGGCUUCCUCGCCCAGCAGGUCGCCGCCCCCGUCGCUGCUUCCUUCGGUUGUGGCGUGCUCUGCCGUGCUCGCUGCGCUCCUCCUCCACAGUGCAAGAGUGAUCUAGAGGUUAGGCUAGAAAUAAUCCAGACCUGCUAUUUGGUGAGCAUUGAGGUAAACAUGCUCAAGAACAUCUUUAGCCAGUCAUGGAGAAGGGGGGCUCAUGUGCUACAGGAAGGACAUCCUACUGCGGCACUCUAUACUUGUUCGAGUCGAUUUCAUGGUGGGCAGGCCCUAUGCUCAUCAAGGAGCUUCUUCGGCGUGGAGGACUUCAUGGACGAGGACAACAGCAGGCCUUACACGUACAAGAAGGAGAAGCGGUCUAAGAACCCUCACAAGCACAUCUCCUUCAAGCAGCGGACGAUCGCACACAUGGAGCCCUUCACCCUGGACGUUUUCAUCUCGAAGCGGUUCGUGUCGGCGUCGCUGACCCACCGGUCGACGUGCCGGCAGGUCGCCGUGGCGGGCACCAACUCGAAGGACGUGAAGGCGGCGCUGGCAUCACGGUCAGACGUGCCGGCGUGCCUGUCUGUGGGGCGGUUCCUGGCGGAGCGCGCCAAGGAGGCGGACGUGUACGCGUGCACCUACACGCCCCGGGAGCGCGACCGGUUCGAGGGCAAGAUCCGAGCCGUCGUGCAGUCGCUUAUCGAUAACGGCAUCCACGUCAAGGUCUAUCUCGACUGAUCCUGUUGCUCUCUGUGGUUGUUGAACGCUGAUGAAGGAAGGGUGGUGGGGUGGCCUUGUUUGCGUGCGUCGUGCAGCCAUCAGCUAGUUCUGUGACUCGUUUUCCUCUUCCGAUGUUAAAAAAGGAGGAAUUUGGCAACUUUAUCAAGGUAGCUUGUUUCCGUGCGAAAAAUGUCAACCCCUGACUUAAUCUUCCCCUCUGAAGUUGAAUAGUUGAUGUCUCCUUUUGUGUACUUUUUGAGAUAAAAUGGUCUGCUUAUCCA